AUGUCCUCGCAAGCAACCAAAGGCGACCCUUCGAAAGCAACUGGCGCCCCGGCACAACUGGAAUCCACAAUGUCGUCGGUACGGAGCAGCUCUCUUUAUGCCACCUCCAUCUUCGCCCUCCUUGUCUCCAUUGUCGCAUUCUAUUUCCUGAAACCGUCGCUGAAUGCAGAGUUCUUACAGGCCAAAGGCACCAUCACGGACUGGGUGAAACCGGGCGACAAGUCCGGCGAGUUCAAGAGACAAGCUUCCUCAUUCCGGAAUUGGAUCUCGAGUGAUCCCAAUGCCGAGUUCCCCGCCGAGAAGGGGCGGUACCAUCUCUAUGUCAGCUACGCGUGUCCGUGGGCCCACCGGACACUGAUUGUCCGCAAACUGAAGGGCCUGGAAGACAUCAUCCCCUUCACCAGCGUGCAUUGGCACAUGGCCGAAAAAGGCUGGCGCUUCGCAACCAAGGACGAGACCGUGCCCGGCGAGAACACGACGCCCGACCCAUUACACCCGAACAACACGCACCUGCGCGACCUGUACUUCGCCGCCAACCCCAACUACGAAGGCCGCUUCACCGUGCCCACGCUCUGGGACAAGAAGAACCAGACGAUCGUGAGCAACGAAUCCUCCGAGAUCAUCCGCAUGUUCUACACGGCCUUUGACGACCUGGUCGACCAGAAAUACAGGGACGUCGUGCUCUUCCCGGACGACCUGAAGGACAAGAUCGAGGAAGUCAACGGUUGGACGUACGACGACAUCAACAACGGCGUCUACAAGAGCGGCUUCGCCACCACGCAGGAAGCGUACGAGAAGAACGUGGUCCAGCUGUUCAAGUCGCUCGACCGCACCGAACAGAUCCUCGUCGAGGCGUCGUCCAAGGGACCGUACUAUUUCGGCGACAGACUCACCGAGGCGGACGUGCGCCUGUACACGACCAUUGUGCGCUUCGACCCGGUCUACGUGCAGCACUUCAAGUGCAAUUUGCGGGAUGUCCGGUCCGGGUACCCUCAUUUGCAUCGAUGGCUGAGGCACCUGUACUGGACGAUCCCCGCGUUCGGCGAGACCACCCAGUUCGAACACAUCAAGAAGCAUUACACCAAGAGUCACAAGCAGAUCAAUCCGUUUGGCAUCACGCCCGUGGGUCCCGUGCCGGAUAUCCUCAAGCAGGAUGAGGAGGUCGGCGUGGUCAAGAAGGCUGUGGCGUGA